GACACACAGAGCCGCUCUGUUCUCGGCUCCUGCUCCGCCGCUCAACGCUCUCCCAUCCACCGCUGAAUUGCGCCGCUCGACAGCCGACAGCACUUUGCAGCCUGAGCGAAACCGCAGGAGCUGAGCCGGAGGGGGAGACGCCGGGCGGAGAAUGGAAUGGAACCUCAGAAGGAUGGAGAGUGAACUGAGGCACAUCAACCCAGACCUGCUGCAGCCCAGCAAGAGCUUCAAGAAGCCGUCAUCAGGCACCAUCACCCUCAAUGUCGGCGGCUUCCUGUACACCGCCCAUCGGACCACGCUCUCCAAACACCUGGGCUCCUUCCUGGAGGAGCUGGCCAAUGGGAAGAAGGCGGUGCAGCACACCGACUCCAUGGGCAACCCGUUCAUCGACAGGGACGGCCCCGUUUUCCGCCACGUGCUCAACUACCUACGAACCGGAGAGCUGCAGCUGCCCGACGACUUCCGGGAGGCGGGGCUCCUGCGGCGCGAGGCAGACUUCUACCGCCUGAGCGAACUGGUGGAGGCGGUGAGCGAGUGGGAGAGCCAGCGGGCCGCCCAGCGUGAACCCGCCUUCCUGGAGGUGACGGACAGCCACGAGAGGUCGCAGGGCCUGAAGGUGUACUGCAGCGACACCUGCUUCAUCGACAAGGUCAAAGGGCGGCUGGUGCAGAUCUCCAAGAGCAGGCUCGACGGCUUCCCGGAGGAGUUCGUCGUGUCGUCAAACGUCAUCCAGUUCCGCCACUUCAUCAAGUCGGAGCCGGGCUCGCGGCUCGUCCUGAAGGAGGACAGCACCUUCCUGUGUACGCUGGACUGCCUCAAACUGGAAACGGUGAUGCUGGCGCUGAAGGCGGGCUUCAAGCUGGUCACCGCGCUAGACAGCAGCAAGGGCUCUGUAGUGGCAGCAGAGGCCCUGCACUUCGUCAAAUAGGAAGAAGGCAGAAUAGGCAGGAAGGGGUUAACAGCCACCAGGUACUGUAGGUGUUGUUCUGUGUAACGUGGUAGAAGACUGACGGAUUGAGUCGUAUGUAUUUACUGAACAGCAAGCAUACACGGCAAAAACACUAUUUAAGUUUUUAAUUUGCUCUGAAGGGUUGAUGCACAUGAAUUAACAUUUUGGUAAAUGCGCCAAAAUGCUUUUUUCCAUCUGUUGUCCCUGGAAAGUGGGUAACUGGUCUAGCUAAAAAGCAAAAGUUAAAAUAACUUUAUACAAAUUUUGUCAAUAAAUAUAAACAGUACACUGCAAAAACUCAAAGUUUUUAUUAUUAUUUUUUUUAUUUAUUUGGUAGGAUGGAUGAUGCACAUCAAUGUUUUUGUAAUUGGGCCACAAUUAGCCAAAAUGCUGUUUUUUUCUAGAAAUUCAGUAAAAAACAAAUAAUGAUACAGCUGCAAUACAAACAAAACACUGCAAAAAAUUAGAUAUUUUUUAAUUUAUUUGUUAGGGAAACUUUACAUUAACAUUUUUGUGAAUGUGCCAGAAUUAGCCAAGCCUAUUUCCCCUAGAAACUUAGUCAUUAGUACAGAUAAUAAAGAAACAUUAAAUUGGCUUAAAACUCAAUUUGUCAAUAAAUAUAAACAAUAUAUUGCAAAAACAAAAAAUUUUAGAUUUUUAACUAAAUUUUUUAUUUGUUUGAGACACUUUACAUUAGUUAACACAAUUAGCGAAAACUAAUUUAAUUAAUUUGUUGUCCCUGGACAAUGAGUAAUUUGUGUAAAUAAAAACAAACAAAGGUUGAAAUUCAUUUAGUCAAUAAAUACAAACAAUGCGCUGCAAAAGCGCAAAAAUAUUGCCAAGUAUUUUGGUAUAGAGCAAAUGUCUUAGUAUUUAGUGUAAUAUUUUGAAAUAAGACAAAACCAUCUUUCAAGUAACUCUCCAGAAAGAUAAAGGAGCUUGUAUAAGUCAAUAAUUUCUUCAUAUUGAUGAAAAAGUGAUAGUUAUAUUAGCAGAUUAUUUCACUCCUAAAUUGAGAAAAGUGUUUUGUUAUAAGUGAAAUAACCUGCCAGUUGAACAAGUACUUUUUGAUCAAUAUUAAAGAAAUACUCCCUGAAAACAAGCUCAUAUUUCUGUCUGUUUGCAGUGCAAAUAAACUAACAAACAAACACAGACAUUAUAAAAAUGUAUACAAAUAACUAAAACUAAAUUAAUCCUUCAUGUAGAAGCCAAAAUAACACAUGGUGGGAUUAGGAGAAAAUACUUAUUCAAAAUGUUGACCGAACUGAGGUGUUAUGAACCAAUUCUUUAAAUAAAUUAUAAGUAGUAAGAGGUCUGAUGUUUGAGGGACAACAUGUUAUAAAAUACUUUUUAGUUCUACUUUAAAUAUUUUAGUUCACCUGAAAUAAGACAAAACUAACUUACAAGUAACUUUUUAGCAAAAGAUAGGAGCUAUUUCAAUCAAUCAACUUUAUUUUUGUACGGAUAGAUUGAUUUACACAAACACACCCACAAUAAAUAUAAUAUAAUUAAAUGUGUUCAGUACUUCAUUAGGACCAGAUAAAAAUAUAUAUAUAAAGUCAAACUUUGGAAACUUCUGGCAACAGAAAUAAAACUAGUUUUAUUCUGCUUAGAUUUCCAUUUGGAGAUCAACUGGAUGCAGAUAAUUAAUCUCCAAUAAUUAGUCAUUAAUUCCUUAGUGGAAAAAGUAAUAUUACAAAUGAAAAGCAUUUCAUUUGUAACAUGAAAUGUCUUGUUAUAAGUGAAAUAAUCUGCGAGGGGAACUAGAACUUUUUCCAUUAAAGUCUUAUUAACUUUAAUAUCUUGCUGAAAAGUUACUUGUAAUUGAGUUUAGUCUUAUUUUAAGAGUAGUAGUUUAUUUUCACUAAAAACUAGACGAAAACAGUUGGUGGUAUUUUAUGUUUUUGCAGUGUACAGUCUGGUGACAGCUUCUUUUGAUGUGGUCAUCUUAAUUAAACACUUUGGUUUUUAACUUUGCACAAUUUCAAACUUAAGUGUAUAACAUGUUUCAGUUUAUUUAUUUGAAAUAAUUAAAAUUUUAAAAAAUAUACUGCUGUAAAAUUGAUCCAAUAGAAGUUUUCAAAUGUGUCAUUUAAUUUUGAGACAUAAAUGUUAAGAAAAAUAUGAUAUUGUCCCUUUUUUGUAACUCUGGUUUUUACACUAUUAGGUAAACAAAUUGAUAUUAGCUGGUGAAUUAGUGAUGCGAUGGUUUUUUUAUGAUUAUUGUGACCUUCCCAAAUAAGAAAGAGAUAAUAUGAAGGCUGCAAAUACAAUUUUCAAUUUUUGUUUUCAGACGAGUUGCCAAAUGCACAAAGGAGAAUUAAAUAUUGGUCAUUGAGGGCAACAUGAACGCAGUAUAAUUAAAUCUGAGAGAAUUAUUUUUGAAAUGAAGAAAAACAGAAGAAAUAGUUUUUUGAGACACUGUGGAACAGGAAGUUAAAUACUGAUUGGGUAAAAUUGAGCUAAGUUGCAGUGAUUGGUCAGAAAAAAAGGAUAUACAGAAAACAUUAAGGAAUUAGAUUUGUGGAAAUGUUGCAAGUUGUGAAAAUUGCAAGUCUGCGCAAAGUUUGUAAAUUAUUAAUUGCAUUUCCAUUAAUAGUUAUUAUUGCAACUUCCUGGAGGGACUGAUUGGUCCGACUAUCUAUUCUGAUACACCAAUCAGUCAUGGCUGCUGCUCCACUCAGUGAUUUUAUGACAGGAAAUUUUUCCAAAAUCCAAGUCUGUCUUACUUCCAAGAGUUUAUAAGUGUCUAAUCAACAGGUGGGGGAGGGAAGCUUUAAAGCCAGGAGAAAACAGCUCAG